AUGGCCGAAGUCAUUUCUUCCAAAUCGGCUUCCCAACCUCCUCCUCCUCCGGUUUCAUCCCAGGCUCUCAGACCGAGCUCCCGACAUAGCAAGUCGUCCCGGCCAUCCAGCCGCAGCAGGUCGAGCUCGGCUCCCCAGUCCACUCAGGCACCCAGGUCCCCACGGGCUCCUACCGAAGGGGUGAAAAAAGUUUCGAGGGUGGCUUCUAAGUCUGCUGAAAGCACCGAACUAGCGAGGACGGACCCUGCCCUUCCUUCUGUGGAGGUUCUUGAGGUGAGGUCUGAGGCUUCUGUUGCUGAAGAGGGGGCCCCGGAGAAGAGAAUGGAAGUUAUUUCUACGGGCGAAGGUGCCCAGGAGGUCUCCCUCAAGGUCGUCCCUACUCCUGAGGGGACGGGGCCCAGUCCUACUGAUGGUGGGAGUGUCGUGGAGAAGGUCGGGGCCAAGCGUCCUGCACCCACCAAAGUGUCUACCCCAGUUCCUGUCCCGAAGAAAUCCCGGGCUUCUAGGAGACCGGCUCCAACUCUCCCUUCUCUUGAGAAGAAGAAAGAGGCUCCCGUGGUUCCUUUGUUGUCUGCUCCUGACAACGAUAUUUUGAGCGCGGAGGACAUCACCCACCAGUUUCCCGCGAGCGUAGUCGCCGAAAUCAUCAAGGAGCGAAUGUUUGGUGGCGUCACAGAGGCUUCGGACCCGCGCUUGCUUGCCCUUACUGGUCUUCUAGCCAGUUCCACCAGGGAGCAGGCAGUGUUCCGGUCUCGACCUCGAGAAGAGCUCGGAGACACGAUCAGGGAGAUGCUCCUGAUGGUGAUGGGCCUCUUUAUGGAGGUGGAUGCUCGCGACCACUCUCUCCGGGAAUCCGUAGAUCUCCGGAUUGAGGAGGCACGCCUGGAGGAGAACCUGUCUGCCACCAGCGACGUCCGGGGCAAUCUCGCGGCUGCCCGAGAGCAUUCCAGGUCUCUCCAGAUAGAGCUACGCACUGCUUUGGAGGCCCUCAAAAGGGUUGAUGGGAGGACAACCGAGGCAGAGGAGCAACGUAACAAAGCUUUAAAGCAGCUGUCCUCCUUGAAGGAGAUUCAGCGAGAGAGGGAUGAGGCCCUGAGUCAGAAAGAGGAGGUCCAGCGCCAGCACGAGUCACUGAAGACAAAUUUUGAUGUUGUGCUGGCUCAAAGCGAAGAGGCCUUGGCUCGAGCUGUGGUCCUCGAGCAAGAGCUGACCAAGCGGGCCAAUAAUGAGAAUGACUUGGCUCUGGCAGUAGAGACAUCCAAACUUCAAAAUCAGCAUCUCUGCCAGGAGGUCAAAGUCCUUAAGAAAAGGUGUGCGGCCUUGCUCGAGGACGCCAAGCAUGCUGAAGAUAAGAUUCAGCUGGAGUGCGAGGAACGCCUGAGGGAGUAUAAGGAGUCGGCUGAGCUGAAAGGGGAAAUCCAGCAGGCCUGUGAAGCUCAUCUUUAG